CAGACGUGGAAGCCGCCCACCACACACGCGUGGUUAGGGGACUCUGACGGCGCUGCCAUGGAAGUCGCCCUUUCACUCACGUGUUCCCUCCGCCAUCUCAGUACACCCCCAUAUGGUCAAGGUCGUCGCGACUGCCCCACGAGGUCCCGUUACCUGCCCAUCCUUUUUACCUGGAGGAAGCGUCUGUGGAUGGCCGGAGCGGGCGGCGGCUGCCUCGCACUUUCACUGAAAGUUGAGGGCUAUAGAAUGGGCGGUCACGGGUCCUGGACGGUCUGUACCCUCCGACAUCUCAGUACAUUCCCCCCUAUGGUCAAGGUCGUCGCGGCCGCCCCACGUGAUCCCGUUACCUGUCAUCCUUUUACCUGGACGAGGCGUCCGUGGAUAGCCGGAGCGGGGCAGUUGCCUCUUCCACUUUCUCCGACCACCAGCGGCAUGGCUGACGUAAUACUUAUGCCGGAUGGUCGCCUUAUUAUUAUUAUUAUUAUUAUUAUCAUUAUUAUUAUUAUUAUUAUUAUUAUUAUUACUAUUAUUAUUAUUAUAGCCGGCACGUGUUCCCUCCGAUAUCUCAGUACAUUCCCCUAUAGUCAAGGUCGUCGCGACUAUCCACGCUGUACCGCUAUAAUCUCCAGUCUGUCGACGUAUAUAUGUCAUGAAAAAGUAAAGUUUAAAGUCAGUCUGUUAGUUGACAGGGUUUAAAAAAUAUGUCAUUGAGAGAUAGUGAUGAUAUAUACGUAUACCUAUCUUCUCUUGCAGGUGGUAGGUCAUUUCCCAAAAACACAACAACAGAAUUUGAAAACAGAAUCUUACCCAUUCAUUUAGACACCGGCAGGGAUUAUGAAGUCGGCCUGUGUAAUAUUUUAUUCCCUAAAUAUUUCUACUGCAUUACGGAAGGGGAUCCAAAUUCCAGUAUAUCGUUCUAUGGUCGGGUUAAGCAGUCAGACUUUGAUAUGUAUGAAUAUAAUAUGUAUACCUAUCUACCGGAAAGGAAUAUCAUCUCCAAUUUUACCGAUAAGAACAUACCGGCCAUAACUAAGGCGAUUAAUGGACAGAUAGUGAGAGAACUUCAAGCAAUCAUGAAUGACUCCUUUAAGAUCUAUUUCCCUUACUCGGAUAUCAUUUAUUAUGACCACGACUUGGAGCGGGUCGUUGUGAAUAACGCGAUUGUCCCUCCUAAUGACGAUCGUAUUUACAGUGAUAUAAGUAUAAAAUUUGCAUCGCAUAUAGCUCGCAUUCUGGGUUUCAAUCCAAAUUUUCGCUACACCGUCUACUUUCAAAGAUCUGGCGAUGUCAUUUCAUCUUCCAGCGCGAGCGAAGCUUCCUCAUCACCCAUAAAAUUAUUCGCUCAAUACGUACCGCGAGCUGAUGCAGGGACGGAUUAUAUGUACGUUUAUACCGACAUCAUUUCCCCCACGCGAUUUGGUAACCAGCUAGUUAAUAUAUUAGACGUCAUACCAUUCCCUGGCGACAGCACCAGUAAAGGUGCGAAUUCAAUUACGUAUAAACCACUUUCUGUAUCAACUAUAGAGAGUGUGGCCAUCAAAAUUGCUAAUCAAAGAGGCAAACCUAUUCAGUUUGAAGAUGGGGAAAACAGUGUUACUUGCGUGUUACAUAUAAGACCACGUUAACUUUGCGUCUCGGAUGUAAAGUUUUGAAGAGAAUCGAUCAAGGUGGGAUAAUGGGUGGAGUGGAGGAUAAUGAAAUAGGCAGGUGUUGCCUACUUCCGAGACAAGUCACGCGUCUCGCGACCAUCUGAGCGGGAAGCUUCAGUGUUUCCCCGCGCGGCAUGGCGGCCGGGACAAAAGUGUUGACAAUGUUAUAGAAAAAAAAAGAAAAGAAAAUGGGUGUUCACUGUGGAACAGCAGAGGCGCGGCUUUUAUGUGAAGUGUGUGGGAGAUGGCGCACUAAUCCAUCCUGCCCCUCAUGUGUGGAAGACCAGUGUGAUUUAUGCGAGCGGUGUGGACUUCUGUUUCCACAUCCACCACCAGAACACACCUGCGAAGUUGGCAAUCCUGCUUCUUCUGGCUCACACUCGAUUGAGAUUGAGCAGAACGGCGGCGUAGAAGGCACACGUCGGCGGACGUCACAAGGCAGCAUCCCACGCGGAGGCGGGGGAAGAGACUUGCCACGGCCUGGACUGAGUGGAUUAUCGGGGAACGUAUUCAAUUCUUCCGAGACUUCAAGUCCUUCACUACCUACACAAGACACGCCACAAGCGGAGGCAGACCACGAUGAGUGCAGGAUGGCGGGAGAGUCGGCGGAUGCAGACCUUGACGAGUGCGGGAUGCCGGAAGAACCGCGGUUAAUUGACUCGAGGGAAAAUUUUAUGAGGAGCUUCACCAGACAUCAAUAUGACAUACCUGAUCAUAUCACCCGUGUUUUAAUGGGGAGCGGAAGGGUCAACUAGGGUUGCUGAAAUCUGAAACCGGAUCCACGCUCAUCAAAGAGCUUACAAGACACUGCAUCUUGGAAGACACACCCUAAUAUUGGAAAGAAAUUUCUAAGAAAAAUAAAAGUCAUUCUCGUACAAGAACACAUUCACCAUAUACCUGACCAUGGAGAAUAAAAACACAAGGAGCAAAAAGUCUUCAAGAGGCUGGUUGACCUACACAAGGCAGCUCCUGUAAACUUAUAUUUGACCAUCUAUCAUCGUUAUCCAUGAAUUUAUCUAACCUUUUCAUAUAACUAUCUAUUGUCUCAGCACUCAUCACAAAUUUGCUGGAGCACUCAAUACAAAUACAAGUACAGCUUUGUAAAUAAAACUACCAUAUGUAAAUACACACAGUGAAGCAGUGCAUCCCCCUCAUACUGGUGGCAUGUCUUGUUUACAUUAAUCACUUGUCCAAUUUUGUUUGUAUGGUGAUGACAAGCUGGUUGGUGAUUAGUAAAUGUACUAUACAUCUUUCAUUGUCCAUGGGUGGUUUUAUUUUCAAAAAAUUAUUUUAAAAUUUAAAAAAAUAUGAAUGUAAAGAUAUAACAAUAAAAGAAAUUUUACUCGUCA